AGUAUUCGCCCAUAGAAAUUGCUGGAAUCUUGGAAGACGUAGUAAAUCCGUGCUGAGUAAACUAGAAUAAAUAGAAACUGUACAACAUCGAUUUAAAACCCGAAAGUUAAUAAUAUUUUGAUAUUUUAACAUAAGCUUUUGCCAAAAAUUGUUAAUACACCAUGUCUGAUUGGGAUACUGUUCCGAUUACUCUUAGAAAACGUGUUCCUAAAGGAUCAGCUAUGAAAUCUGAAAAGGCUGUCAACAAUGCUCGUCGUCAAGGUGUAGCAGUUGAUACUCAAGUGAAAUGGGGUGGUGGUUCUAAUAAGCAACAUGUCAACACAAAAAAUACUGCUAAAUUAGAUCGUGAGACUGAAGAAUUAAAACAUGAAACUGUCCCCCUGGAUUUGGGUAAAUUAAUUCAACAAGGAAGACAAAGUAAAGGCCUAUCACAGAAAGAUCUUGCUACGAAAGUCAAUGAAAAAGCCCAAGUGAUAAAUGACUACGAAGCUGGUCGUGGUAUUCCUAAUCAAAUGGUUAUUGGCAAAAUCGAAAAAGUCCUUGGAAUAAAACUUCGUGGAAAAGAUCGAGGCAAACCUUUAGUGCCCCCGGGAUCAAAGAAAUGAAUCUCGGGGGAAUGUGAGAAAUCGUAAUUCUUGUCUAUGGUUCUAAAAGAAUUAAAACAAAAUACGUACAUAAAAAGCAAAAAAAAAAAUCUUAAAUUUAACUGAAAGGGAAAAAAAAA